AUUGCUCGUAAUCAAAUGAGGACUUCCUCAUGAACCAAACUUUCAAUUUCUGUUCUAAUCGUUCUUAAUGAAUUAAUUUAAGCUAAAGUGGAAGAAAUAUUAUUUCAAAAUCCUUUGAAAUGAAGUUAACAGAUGUUUGUAGACUCUGUCUUAUAAAGAAAAAAGAACUUUUCUUUCCAAUCGAUAAAGAAUUUGAAAAGAAAUUUUAUGAAAUAACAAACCUUAAUAUUACAAUUCCUGAUAAUCAUGAACAGAAAUCAAACUUUCCUUCAGAAGUCUGCAUUCCUUGCAUAAAAGAGUUUGAUCAACACUAUAAUAAACAUUGCUUAUACAGAAAUGGCUUGAUUGAAAACCAAAAACGUUUGAAUAAACUAUUAGGCAAUAAUAGUGAAGUUUCUCAGAUUAAAGAUAACAUAAAACAUGAAACGCAACAAGAAGACGAAAUAUACUUUGAAUUAGAAGACAACGAAGAAUAUGAACUUGAAUCAUUACAAGAAGCAAAUGAAAUGACAAAAUCAGAAGAAGAAUUACACGACGAUAGUGUAAGUUAUUCUUGUGAAAACUACGAUGAAUGCGAGAAUACGCCAGAAGAUACUUUUGAAACGGAACUAGAAGAGCAGGAAGUUGAUAUAAAUAACUCAGCAACAGAGGUUGAAGAAAAUUUCAACGAUGAGGAACAUCAAAGUCAAAACGAAAAUGAGACAUUUAUCGAACAACUUGACGAUAACUAUGAAGAACAGGAAGAGGGCUGCGAUGAGUUCGAAGUUUGUAUUGCAACUACAGAUCGAGAUGAAGAAAUUAUUGUUUACGAUCAAGAUAUUGCCAUGGAAGAACUUCCAUCGAAGGUCAAACGAAAGUACGUAAAGAGACCUAAAGACACUCCAAAGCCUUUUCGAUGCUGGAUAAAAAAUUGUGGCAUCGAAUUUUCCUUUCGCACCACCAUGAAGAGACAUAUGUACACAGUUCAUUCGCUUGAUUGCGAUAGUAAUACUUGUUUUGUUUGUGGAAGUCGCUUUGGCUCAAGUGCAGACUUUCUGGCUCAUAUGAAAACUCACACACGAAAAGCUCAAUGCGAUAUAUGCAAAUGUACAUUCACAGAUGACAAAUCACUUCAAAGGCAUAUUUCAAAGAAUCAUACAAAAGGUCAAGAUGAACGGAAAUUUGCAUGCGAGAUUUGUGGAGCACGUUUCAAACGGAAGGAACAUGUGAGUUCCCAUCUUGUCUACAGACAUUCAAGUAAAGAUGAUAGAAAAUUCUUCUGCAAAGAAUGUCCAUCCACCUUCCUCACAAAACAAGAUUUAAGAAAUCACGAGAAGAGUCACCAACAAGUGAAAAUCAAAUGUGAAUAUUGUCCAUAUGAUUGCCGUGAUUUGAAGAGCAUCAGAAGACAUUGCGAAAAAUUACACAACACGAAUAAAAUAUACAAAUGCGCUUGUGACAAAAUGUUUGAAGCAUAUCGGGAUCUUCAAAGUCACAAAAGACGUUGUAGUGGAGCGGCUCUCAUUGAUAGCACUACAGAUUAUUGAAAUGAAGCGAAUGACGAUUUGUAACUGGAAAAUGUUCAGCGUAUUUUUUUAUACAAUAGAAUUUGUUAAAAAUAAAUGCGAUUUGAAGUAAUAAAUAAAUCUUUGACAUUAAUAUAUUUGUCCAUAGUUC